UUCGGGGAAUGCCAUUUCCUACUGUUAACAUCAGUUGUUUACAUCCAAAAGGACGACAAGAUUUUAUGUUGACGACUUCUUAAACAAUCUAACAAUGAAUGUGAAUGUUUUCGAGGUUGUUUAUGCAAUAGAAAGCCUGGGUUUUUUUAAGUUUUUUUGGGCACUUCGAAAAUAUUUUGAUUGAUAAUAACCUGUUGUUUACGUUAGUCCAGUCAACUUUGGUCUUCUUUUUUCCAAAAGACCUCUUCCUGAAAACACGGCCUGCGUCUGACGUUUGUAGAAACAAUCAUUAUAACAAUAUCAAAAGUUCAUUGCUUCAAAGGGUAACCACACAACACAGGUAUCAAAGGGCAAUAUAACCAUUGCAAAUUCACUAUGAGAUGCUUUCAAAUAAAGUAUGAAAUGCCCUUUUGUAAAUCCUGCCCACAAACACAUCAAAUUUACUUAAUCGCCACGAUAUGUUUGAAACGUCAUUUGGAGUUUCAUUGCAAACCAGCCACGUUUCAAAUACAAAUGUCAUCACAUAGCCUGUGCUAUUUCCCGAGGGAUAUGACUUUUGUCCUGGAAGACCAUGACGGCAGUGACGACAGAAAAAAGUGUUAUGAACGAUGCAAAGAAAGUCGCUAUUUAAGCAAUUUAUACUUAAUUAAGCCGAAGAACUGUCAAAACGAGGCAAGAAAAAAAGGUGCUGAAAGUUCUUUGCUUAAAAUGAUUACGAAUCAUUCUGACCAGCCGUCAUUACAAGAAAGUUUUGCCAACCAGUUGAUUAACAAGAUCAAUGCAAUAUCCUCCCUAGUCCCUUUUCAUCUGCGCGAGAAAAUGUUGGGUGAGAAAUGUUUGGUGAAUUGUUGGAUCGCCUGUCCAUCAAUGUUGGGUCACCAAAAAAGUUGUUGAACAAUGUUGAUGUAUCGUUGGGUGAAAUGUUGGAUCAUGUGACCUGUGCUAAACUACUGCGGAAAAAAUGUAUCGCGUCUUGAAAAUUUAUCACGUGCCAUAGUCACCUGUUCUGUGAAUGGGUAUUCAAAAGUCUGUGUAGAGAUCAACCAAUCAGAUUCAAAUACACAGAUAAGCAACUGACAUCAGAGUCAGGUUAAUACAAUACCGAACAAGAAUCAUGCGAAAAUGAGAAAGAAUUAGGAGAUGUAAUUGAUCCCUUAUCAGUAGAUGACAAAAAUUCAUUUAAUCAUGAGAUCGAAUUUUGGUGAAGCUUUGGAACUAUUUACGAUUUUGGUUCUUCUUGAGAUGGGAGUAGCGAUGCAUUUUCACCACUCCGAUUAUAAGGUUCAUCACAAAAUGGGGAAAAUGAAGAUCAAGGUAAAGCCAGAGGGCGCAAAACUGGUUUUCACAGGAGGUGACCUUGAUGUCGAUUUGCAUCCAGCCCACGGCUACGUGCGCCCGAUUCACAACGUGAUUGUCACUCACUCCCAUCACGACGAACAUCACGAAGAGCCAGUGGAACACCACGAAAUCGAGCACGAAGAGGAGGAAGAUCAUUCAGGCCACCACGGGUGGCAUCACUCUUAUCACCAUGACGAGCACGGUGGCCAUGACGACGAAGGGUACGGUUUUCGCCAUUUUAGCCACUGGCCAAAUAGUCUACACGGUGAGCAAUCAUUUCUAGGAAACGAUUUUUAUCACAACGAUCAUCACGGUAAUCACGGCGGUCAUUUUCGAGAUGAAAUCGAGGAUUCGCAUGAACCUGAGACUGCAACAAAACACGCGGGAGAGGACGACGAUGCUUACUCAAGACAUAAUAUCGGAGGAGCAAACGAGGACACAAAAGAACGGGAAGAGCCAGAAAUGGCCUAUCAAAGAAGCUUUUACGAUAGGCGUACAGACGCAGAAAUAUUUGGAAAAAAAAUCUACCCAGACGACGUGGCAGCUCCUACACACAAAAGUAAUAUCCAAGAUAAAUUUGAAAAAUUCUCCUCAAAGAUAGCUCCAGGCUUUAAAGUGGAUAAAGAUGACACUGACGACGGGUCAGCGAGGGGAACUAUAUCUCCGUUUGAUGACGAUAAUGACGCCAGAAAUGAGGGAGCAAUGAGAAACAGUGAAGAAAGGAAACAGGGAAACGAUGUGGAAGAAAAUGCAAGGCACAGUAUGUCAAAGAUAAACACGAAAGAACUGGAGCGUAUUGCUAGCAAGAUAAAGCCAGAUAUCCCAGCGGAAGACGAAUUUCCAGUCAAGGAAACGGCAGGUAACACGAAGGAUUUCGGUAGCCCAUCGCAAGUUUACGUGAAUAUGAGUGGGAUGCCACAUAAUUAUGGAGACGAGGAAAAAGAACUCGAUUAUCCAACACAGAACCGAGAUUUAGAGCCUGAUAUUGCCCAGAACCGCAACGAAAGGCCACAGGGUGACUAUUACCCAAGUGAAGAACGUUGGAAUGAGCCUCAUGAUGAUAACGAGGAUGAAGACGAAGGUUACAAAAAAUCGAUAAACGAGUUUCGUAACAGGGCUUCAAGACUAGCUAGAAUUUCAAAUGAGGCAGCAAAGAAAAAGGACGAAAGACCGCCGAUAAUUGUGCAUCCUGAUGGGGAUCCGCGGGACCGGCAGUUGAGAAAGGCAUUUUACGAAUAUAACCACAGGCCUACACUUACUCAGCAUAUGGCAACAAUAAGUGACUUCAAUGUACGUAGCCGAAUUGCAAGAAGAACAAGACGCGCAAAUAGUGCAAUACCAAGGAGAACGAGACGCGCAAAUAGUGCUAUGCCAAGGAGAACAGCAAACGUUAAACGUAGCCUGAUGGUUGAUAGGCUAAUAGCGCGGUUGCAGCGCUCCUGGUGAGCAAUACACGUUGUAACCUUGGAAUUUUUAAGCCAAUCUGAGGAUCAUCGCCUACUACAUUACAAUGCCUAUCUUUAUCCAGCACGCACAAUAUUACAAUGUUCGUGAAAAGAAAUACAUUUUCUCUAGAUAUGCUAUUCCAAACUUUCGCUGGGUAUUUUUUCCUUCUGCAAUUCAUACUUUAGACUGCAAUUGUGAAAAUUCAUAAUAACUUUAUAAUGUAUCUUAUUGAUACAAAUUGAUUUUUCCGACAUUCAAAAUAAUAGUCAAUACCUCUUUGUAAAUUCGCACAUUUCUUAGUUUUAUAGGUAACAAACCCUAAUGUCUUCAAUACUAUCUUAAUUUUCAAAGAAAUGUGAAAAUGGGCUCAGUUGCUGAUCGUUGUUGGUUUAAGUAUCGACACGAAUAAAACGCUGACUUA